AUCCUAGUUUACCUCAGAAACGCUCAAUUGGCUAUUCAUUCCACAUGAAAAGAAAAGGGUCACGAACUCUACUGUGUUCAGUCGUUAAAAAGCCCAUUUAAACCCACUUGGUAAGUGAUCCUCCACCCUCCUCCUCAUCUCUCCGUCUUACUCUCCGAGAUACUCCCUUGAUCCGUCCACUUCGCACAUCACCUCAAACCCAUACCCCUACUAGAUUCAACAGAGACACGAUACACUCAUACGUGGAGCAUAAACAUACCCCCGAGAAACUUCCGGCAUGAAGCUGGUCUUCACGCUCGCAACCUCCGCCCUCCUGGCGACGGUCCCCGUCAUGGCCUCUCCCAUUAUCCCCACCACCGCGGCCGGCGAGAAGGACACCGUCAUCGUUAGUGCCACAACCGUUUUCAACAUUAUCCAUCCCACCACUUCGAUUGUCAGUGUUCGACAUGAGGUGUCAGAGACUGCUGAGAAAUCUGGCUUGGACGUUGAUAAGUCUGACAAGUCAGACGAGUCCGUUUAUACUACGUCCGACUCUGAAUAUGCGAUCUCUGGCCAGGAUGCCUUCUCCUCUUCCGAGUCUCACCUGAAUUUCCUCACCCGCCGCAGUGGUCUCCCGAAAGGGCUCCACUGCGCUCACCACGGUGCUUUCUGGUUCGCCGGCUGCAUAAAGAAUGAUCCCAAAGAUUGCUGGUGUAACUACGUUAAGGCGUGGAGUGUCACUUGGCACCGCGAAAGGCCUGUUCGUGAUAGCGACGGCCAACCUUAUAUAAGACGGGGGGUAGCUAGGACUGUCUUCAAUGGUACGGAAGGAGGAGCGGGGAGGAUGGAGAUGAAGCAGGUGGACAAACUUCAAGCUCGUGACGGGCCCAAUGUGGUGUAAGUGCCAACGAAGGGAAAAGUUGAUCGAAGCUUGUGGACUUGGAAAGGGGGCAGGAUAUGGGUCCGCACUGGGUUGCUAUCAUUGGGG